AUCGCGUCCAACUUUGAACAUCUGAUCACCUUGCUGUUCCACUCCACUAAGACCCAGCACUCACCAGAUACAAACCAGCACAAUGGGUGGCGCAAACCGCGAUGGUGGCAAGGCCAAGCCUCUGAAGGCCCCCAAGAAGCAGAACAAGGAGAUGGACGAAGAGGACAUUGCCUUUGCCGAGAAGAAGAAGGCCGAGGAGAAGGCCCGCAAGGAGAUGGCUCUCAAGGCCCAGGGCAAGGGCCCUCUGGCGAGCGGCGGCAUCAAGAAGAGUGGCAAGAAAUAGACGUUCCAAAUCGACCAUCGACAACCGGACUGAAAGGCACGAUCUGCCCUGGAGUAACAUGGACAUCAAGGCGCGAGGUGUGCUCCGCGCGCGGGAAUGGAGUCAUUUGGCUUAGACAGCAUUUGAUACCUGAAUAAUGACAAUUACGGACAUGUAUGCGGUGA